GCAAUAGUUUCUGGGUACUUGUGGCCAUGUUGAGUUAGACGUCUGGAAUCGUGCAGUUAUCAAAUUGAAUUUAGUAAUUCUUCCGCUGUAAAGUAAAAAUGGGAAGCGAAGUCAAGAUGGAGACUGAUAUGGAUAAAACGGACAGCAAGUUAGCAUCGCGAGAUGAGAGAGAGAACGCGGAAAAAGACCGCGAUAAAGACAGGGAUAGACACCGGCAUAAAGACAGACAUCGCAAUAAGGAAUCAGACAGAGAACAUAAGAGAGAAAAAGAAAAGCAUCGUGAUCGAGACAAACGUGAAAAGGACAGAGAUAGGAAGAGAGAUAAAGACAGGGACAGAAAACACCGUAAAAGAUCAAGGUAUACCAAGGGUAGCAGUGUGUGGAGCAAUGUUAUAUGCAGAACUGGAGGUUGAAAGCCUUGUUGCGCAUGUACUUCUGUUUUGUAGAAUUACUAGAUAUUUCAGCAAAAGUUUUGCUUUUCAAAUAGUGUUAGGUUGACGCCUCACGCAUGUCAGGGUUAACCCUUUGACCCCUUUGGGUGCCAAGUAUCUAAUUUCUCCUUACAAUAUUGCCCCUUAAUCACACAUUCAGGUUAUGAGAGUAAAGGAAAUGAUCACCAACUCAAAAAGCACUUGAUUGCCAAACAAACUCUACAUGUCAGCACCCUAAAAAAUGUAUGGAGAACAGUGUAUAGAAUAUGCAUACUGAUGUUAGGGUGUAAAGGGUGCUACUUGUAGCAAUUGUCACAACGUAGGGAUAUUAACAGUAGAUGGGUACAAAAUGUCCAUAUACCCUUAAAGGCUUAUUUUUUAAGUCGCCAUACCAGAGGCUACUUGUCUGUUUAGUGGACUGAUGAUUUUUGGAUUGCUUACAAACUUUAAUUACCUUUUUGUUCUAGAUCUAGGUCACCUCAAAGAUCCAAAGAUAGCAAGAAGUCAAAGUAAGUUCUUUUUAUAAAGGAAAGUGUCUGACCAUUUUGUUACCAUUUGUCAAAUCUUUAGUCAAGUGAGUUAAUAAAACAUCCACUGUAAUAUUUAUCAGACCAGAUGACGACAAAAAUGGUGUUGAAGAACAAGAGGAUGAGCAAGUGAAACCAAAAGUCGAGGUAAUUAGACAGCUUUUAAUCAAGUUUAAGUAAAUGUUGUUUGGUUUUAUCAACUGAUUUGUUCAUGUAAUUUGGCCAUUGUAAAGAGUUUCUAAAGCUGAUGUUUCAAGCAUCAGCCCUUUGUCCUUCUCUCUGACCAAAGGCUAAGGCUCAAAAUGUCAGCUUGAGAGACUUGUCAUUUUGACCAAUACUAACAGUAUUGAAUCAAUCAUUAAAACCAAAUUAUCUUGUAAUGCCUCUGAUGCAGUAUCACAGUUUUGUGAGAAACAUACUUCUUUAUGCUUGUGAUCUGGUUGAACAAGAUAAUGCCAUGCAAAGAUGGCCCAACAAGAAAAGGGAAGAGAGAGAAAGAGGUGGUGGUCAUAUGAGAAAAUUUUCAUUGACUGAGUUAGUUUGGAUUGAAAGAGAAAACAUUUGGCUCUUGGUCACAAGGUGCAAACCUCACCGCACUCACUACAUGCUUCAUUACCUUGAGCAAAAUGUUUUCCUAGUUUUCACUCCUACUGAGUCAAUAAGUUCAUAAUAUGAAAUGGCAUCCAAUAGAAAACCAGCUAAAACUCUACAGUCACAUAAUGUUCUUGUAAUGAUUAAACUUGUGAUGUACACUUCAUGUAGCAUAUCUAGAGCCAAUAUUGAAUGUUAUAUACUGAACAUUAUAGUUGUGAACUGCUGUAUUGUGAUGUGUGGAAUAACUGUGUAUAAUACAAUUUUUUUUAUCCUUAUACUAGCCCUUAUCUCUGGAGGAAAUGAUUGCAAGACGAGAGGCUGAAAAGAAGGCACAAGAAAAGGUAUAGGAACAACACAGGGACCACACAGCUAAUUGUUUGGGGUUCCUGUGGACCCACACUGCCAGAUUAUUUUGUUAGAGUUCUUUUUUCAGUUUUAUGUGUUUUUUCAUUAACUUUUUUGAAGCUUAUAAUUUACUUGUACUGUUUUAUCACAGCCAACAUUUUUGACUAAAGAACAAAGAGCCAUGGAGGCACUGAAAAGGAGACAGCAGCAAGUAGAAGAACAACGGAAAAAGACUGAGGUAUUUAAGAAGAGAAUCUAUUCCACAGAUUUAUGUUGAGUGAGCAAGGAUAGAACUUCAUCUUAAACAUCUUUCAACAAUUUUUUAACAGACAUUUAUCGACAAUAAUUAUUCUGAACUUAAAAUAAUGCAUUUGUCCUACAGGGGGAGCGCCAAAUGAGGGAGAAGUUUCUAAGAGAGGCACAGUAUUCGAGAGGUUAGUCAGCUUGUUUGUCUCAUCUUAUAGUUGAUAGAGUUUCCACCUUAACAUCCCUUGCAAAUUUUGAUUGUACAUGUUAUUUUCUGAACACAUUCAAUGACCAGAGGAUGAAGUGGAAAGAGAGAGAAGGGAAAGAAGAGAAAGAAGAGAAAAGAACUUGACUGAAGAAGAGGUGGGAACCAUGUUUGUUGAAAGAAUAAUUUUUCCAAUGAUUUUUAAUGUUAAUAAAUUGUGUUUAGUACCAUGUUUCAAUCAUUUCUUAAUAGAGCUUAGAUAUAGAGAAAAAUUCCUGUAAUUUUUGAUUCAUUUUGAAUUACUACUUUCUUCUCUGGCUGCCUUAUUGUAGGCUGAGAGUGAGAAAGCAAAACUACGAAAGGUAAGAUACAGACAUACUCAUUAAAAUGCAUUACGAUGGCUCUUAAUGAGAGUCAACCUACAAAGUGUAUGACCUGCUCAUGAAUUCUUCUGAUGUGUUACCAUUGAACUAUUACACUCAAGGAAGCCACGCCUUUAACUUUGAGGUGUUUCAUGGAACAAAGAUCUUUUUGGUCAUUGAGAUUAAAAGGUUGAAAGGUUUUACAUGAGUUGUGGAUGAAAGGAUAGUAGCUUUCAAGCCUGUGGUAAAUUUGUCAUUCAACAGCAAUCACUAACACAGAUAUCCAAAGUUAUUUUUCUAUACAGAGAUUGACUACUCAUUUUACACUUUUCCACAGGAAAAAGAUCAGGAGAAAGAAAUCCAAGCAAUAAAGGUAAUACCGGAUGUGAUAAUUAAAAAGAAUGACUGCUACAAAGUCAAGUCUAAAAGGACCAAACAUAACUUUGUUAAUCUGAUUAGCUAUAUACUGCAGUAUUUGAUUAAUAUGUGAAAUUUCAGGAGCGAUACCUUGGGGGAGUGAAAAAGAGGAAGAAGAUACGUCGUCUUGCAGACAGAAAGUUUGUGUUUGAAUGGGACACAGGAGAGGAUACUGCUGUGGAUUAUAACCCAAUGUAAGUAUCUUCAGUAGUAAGGGACAUAAACCAAUGAAUCAGUGUAAAGAAAAAAAAGUGUCUAGCAAGUAAUUAACUUAUUUCAAUAACUGUUUUGUUUUUGUUUUUUUUUCAUAGUUACACUGAUAGACAUCAGAUACAACUCUUUGGAAGAGGACACAUUGGUGGAAUUGACAUAAAGGUAAAGGUCCUUCAAAAGAUAUUUACGUUAUACUGAAAAGAGCUGAAGUUGAUCAACAGCUCUCUUUGUUCAUAAACCAGACAUAUUCACUCCAUAUUUUUCUUUUCCACUCAAAUUCAAUUUCAAAAUAGUUGUGUAACAACAUUAUGUUAAUAAAUCAGGGCAUGGCAGAUUUUCAUGGGGAUGUUUUUAAAAGGAUAAUUUUACUUAAGCCUCUUAACCCUUCUACCCCUUGGAGUGUCUGGCCUCUUUUUUCCCCUUGGAGUAUCUGGCCUCUUUUUUCCCCUUGGAGUGUCUGGUCUCUAUUUUCCCCUUGGAGUGUCUGGCCUCUUUUUUCCCCUUGGAAUGUCUGGUCUCUAUUUUCCCCCUGGAGUGUCUGGUCUCUAUUUUCCCCCUUGAGUGUCUGGUCUCUAUUUUCCCCUUGGAGUGUCUGGUCUCUAUUUUCCUCUUGGAGUAUCUGGCCUCUUUUUUCCCCUUGGAGUGUCUGGUCUCUUUUUUCCCCUUGGAGUGUCUAGCCUCUAUUUUCCCCUUGGAAUGUCUGGUCUCUAUUUUCCCCUUGGAAUGUCUGGUCUCUAUUUUCCCCCUGGAGUGUCUGGUCUCUAUUACCCCUUGGAGUGUCUGGUCUCUAUUUUUCCCCUUAGAGUGUCUGGUCUCUAUUUUCCCCUUGGAGUAUCUGGCCUCUUUUUUUUUCCUUGGUCUGGUCUCUAUUUUCCCCUUGGAGUGUCUGGUCUCUAUUUUCCCCUUGGAGUGUCUGGUCUCUAUUUUCCCCUUGGAGUGUCUGGUCUCUUUUUUCCCCCUGGAGUGUCUGGUCUCUAUUUUCCCUUGGAGUGUCUGGUCUCUAUUUUCCCCUUGGAGAGUCUGGUCUCUAUUUUCCCCUUGGAGUGUCUGGUCUCUUUUUUCCCACUUGGAGUGUCUGGUCUCUAUUUUCCCCUUGGAGUGUCUGGUCUCUAUUUUCCCCUUGGAGUGUCUGGUCUCUAUUUUCCCCUUGGAGUGUCUGGUCUCUAUUUUCCCCUUGGAAUGUCUGGUCUCUAUUUUCCCCUUGGAAUGUCUGGUCUCUAUUUUCCCCCUGGAGUGACUGGUCUCUUUUUUCCCCCUGGAGUGUCUGGUCUCUAUUUCCCCUUGGAGUAUCUGGCCUCUUUUUUCCCCUUGGAGUGUCUGGUCUCUAUUUUCCCCUUGGAGUGUCUGGCCUCUUUUUUCCCCUUGGAAUGUCUGGUCUCUAUUUUCCCCCUGGAGUGUCUGGUCUCUAUUUUCCCCCUUGAGUGUCUGGUCUCUAUUUUCCCCUUGGAGUGUCUGGUCUCUAUUUUCCCCUUGGAGUAUCUGGCCUCUUUUUUCCCCUUGGAGUGUCUGGUCUCUUUUUUCCCCUUGGAGUGUCUAGCCUCUAUUUUCCCCUUGGAAUGUCUGGUCUCUAUUUUCCCCUUGGAAUGUCUGGUCUCUAUUUUCCCCCUGGAGUGUCUGGUCUCUAUUACCCCUUGGAGUGUCUGGUCUCUAUUUUCCCCUUAGAGUGUCUGGUCUCUAUUUUCCCCUUGGAGUAUCUGGCCUCUUUUUUCCCCUUGGAGUGUCUGGUCUCUAUUUUCCCCUUGGAGUGUCUGGCCUCUAUUUUCCCCUUGGAGUGUCUGGUCUCUAUUUUCCCCUUGGAGUGUCUGGUCUCUAUUUUCCCCUUGGAGUGUCUGGUCUCUAUUUUCCCUUGGAGUGUCUGGUCUCUAUUUUCCCCUGGAGUGUGGUCUCUUUUUUUUCCCCUGGUCUGGUCUCUAUUUCCCCUUGGAGUGUCUGGUCUCUAUUUUCCCCUUGGAGUGUCUGGUCUCUAUUUUCCCCUUGGAGUGUCUGGUCUCUUUUUUCCCCUUGGAGUGUCUGGUCUCUAUUUUCCCCUUGGAAUGUCUGGUCUCUAUUUUCCCCCUGGAGUGUCUGGUCUCUUUUUUCCCCCUGGAGUGUCUGGUCUCUAUUUCCCCUUGGAGUGUCUGGUCUCUAUUUUCCCCUUGGAGAGUCUGGUCUCUAUUUUCCCCUUGGAGUGUCUGGUCUCUUUUUUCCCCUUGGAGUGUCUGGUCUCUAUUUUCCCCUUGGAGUGUCUGGUCUCUAUUUUCCCCUUGGAGUGUCUGGCCUCUAUUUUCCCCUUGGAGUGUCUGGUCUCUAUUUUGCCCUUGGAGUGUCUGGCCUCUAUUUUCCCCCUGGAGUGUCUGGCCUCUAUUUUCCCCUCACAUUAUCAUCCUUCAGCCUUGAAUUAAAUUUAAAGGUUAUGAGAAUGUAGAAAAUAAUAACCAAUUUAAGAAGCUCCUGACUGUCAAACAAAUUCUCCUUGUCAGAACCAUGGGAAAUGUAAAGAGAACAUUGUGGAGAAUAUGAAUGUAAAUAUUGGGGUGGAAAGAGCCAAAAGUGAAUAACAAUAGUCAUUAUUGAUACUUAAAUAGAAGAAACUUAUCACUACCAGUUAAGAUUGUUUCAUAGCUUAUAUCUACCUGAUUCCAAAACACAGUGGCAGAAGAAAGAAACAGGGAAGUUUUAUCAGGAAAUGUUGGAGAAAAGACGAACUCAGGAGGAGAAGAAUCAGGAGGCGUAAGUAACAAAGCAAUGCAUAUUUUUGUGUGUGUUUUUGAAUAGUGCAUGUAUCUCUACCAUAAAAUUUUACAAUCACUGUCAUUUGAAAAAAAGCUGUAAACACAUUGAGUUGAUUUAUACUGGCAAAUUUUGUCCUGGCCAAUCUAAAUUAAGUUCAGGACAAACUUGAAAUUUUUAAAACAAAUAAUUAAUUACAAUUGCUGUUCACAGUCCAGUAUUUGUUCCUUAGAUAUUUUGAUGUGUUCACAGUUUUCUUAGUUUCAUGGUUAGUGUUGUCAAUCUUUGUCAUGUUGUUAGUUCUCUGUAGUUCUUCCCAUCAGCCUGUAGUUUGAAGAUGUUAAAUAAAAACAAAUCCAAUGGAAGUACAUUUACCAGCUUGCCAUGCCCUUUCCUUCCUCUGUGCUGCACAUGCAUUUGUGAUAUAUGGGUACUUUGAUUUUCCAUUUCAGGUCACGUAUAAAGAAGCAGCGUGAUCUGGAAAAACAGCGUGCUUUUGAUGAUCGUCAUUGGAGCAAAAAGUCUUUGGAGGAGAUGUGUGAAAGAGAUUGGAGAAUUUUGCGGGAGGACUUCACAAUUUCCACAAAAGGUAGGACACUUUUAUCUCUAUUGUUUUUUCCACUGAAGCUUGAUAACAGAGCAAUAGCACAAGGGGCACCUCAUGUUCUCCAGGUUGACAACAGAAAUCCUUUAGUAUGAUGGAAAUCAUUUUCUAUUUUAUGUAACAGGUGGUAAGAUACCUCAUCCACUAAGGUCAUGGAAGGAAAGCACUCUACCCAAAGACAUUUUGGAUAUAGUGGACAAACUCGGAUAUGAGGUAACCACAGGCAGCCCAAUUUGAUGCGCAUGUCGUGAGAAGUUUAUUUGGGCUUCAAUAAUGUUGUUGAUCAUUAUUUUUGGUAGAUCUUUUGGAUUGGUUUUGAAAAGAAUUAUUCAAAAUCAGUAAAAAUUUUGCUUAUUUACCUUAGUUAUGUUGUUUCUUUACAGGACCCAACACCAAUCCAGCGACAAGCCAUUCCUAUUGGUCUUCAGAAUAGGGAUAUUAUAGGAGUGGCAGAGACAGGUGAUCAGAGAUCUUAGGAUUUCAACAGUUGUUCUUCGUGUCUGAUCUUGGAUUGUUGUUACAUGUUCUGUAAUCUGUGAUUGCUUCCGGCAUGGGAAAUGUUGGAACAAAACAAAUAAGUUUACAAUCCUAAACGUAGUUUCAUCUCUUAGUUGACUGUGUGUUUGUUUGUUUGUUUAUCAUAUUCAAAGGCAGUGGAAAAACAGCAGCAUUUUUAAUUCCAUUGUUGGUGUGGAUCAUGGGGCUGCCAAAGAUUGAAAGAGACAUCGACGCAGACAAAGGACCCUAUGCUUUGAUCAUGGCUCCAACCAGGGAAUUAGCACAACAGGUGAACAAAUAGCAAAUAAUCAAAAAACAUACUCUGUAAGAGGCACAGUGAAUGAAAUUACAACUAACGCAUGUGAUACACGCCAGCCAAUCGAUAACGUCGAUCGCACGUAUACUAGUUAAUUUCUAAACUUCUUGUUCAGAAACCAUUAACGUGCAAGUUGACAGAAAGUUAAAGCCCCUGUCGCUGCUCUGUUCGGAUACCUUUGGACUUAGUUGUAACAUCUUUCAGGAAUCCGUCUGCGGCAGUGAUCGGAAGUUGUCGGCCCGUCUUCGAUAAUGUUCGGAAAUUCUAAGGGUUGUUUUCGUAAUUCGGAUUCUCACGUUUUAUCGAUGAAAACUUUUUAGGUUUAGUUUGGUACUGCAGUAGAUUCCGUAAUUUUUAUUAUUGCCUGUAUUUUGUUUUUUCAGAUUGAAGAUGAUGCAGCAAAGUUUGGACGUCCUCUUGGUGUUCGGACAGUUUCUGUGAUUGGUGGGGUAAGGAGGCUAUGCUUAAACUACACAUAGUCGUUUUAAAAAAACCCUCCACCCCUGUCAUAGUUUUUCUUAUUUCCUAAGACGGUUUUCCUAUCUUGAUCAGCUUCUAGUUUAUAAUCAGUUGUCCUCCAACCCAGCACAACAGUUUCUUUUGUAUUCACUAAAAGUGUCUUUUAUCGUUAAAUGUUGCUUAGUUGUCAAAGUUCUUUGACUUACUCAGCUUUUCUCCAUUUUCUGUCCCAGCUGUCACGAGAGGAUCAAGGAUUCCAGUUGCGACUUGGGUGUGAGGUAAUCUUCAACUUACUAUAGGGCAAUACUCAGAAACCAAUCUCUUAACAUCAAUUUAGCACCGAUUUGAUCACUGCGUGACAACUUAAUCAGCAAAAAUUAUUACGAAACAGUCUGGACAAAUUGUUGUGUGACAGAAGCACUUAUGGGUCACAGAACAGCUUGUUGGGGCACCACAAUGUGUCGUUUGACAAAAUUGCACAGGUUCUCACUGAGUUCUGUGACUUUUUUUUUUCUAGAUUGUUAUUGCCACUCCCGGCCGAUUGAUCGAUGUUCUUGGUAAAUGUUUGCCUUCCAAUUCCCUUUGAUGUUAUGUCUACCUUGUUUUCGUAGUUUACCUGCUAAUCUGAGUUUUUCUCCUUCUGACAGAAAAUCGUUACCUGGUCCUUAGCCGCUGUUCAUACAUUGUUCUUGAUGAGGUUUGAGUCGACUGUUAACCCUUGUACACACUAAUAUUAGCAUGCAUAUUCUAUAUACUGUGCUCUUUAUACUGUGCUCUUUAUACUGUGCUCUUUAUACUGUGCUCUAUAUACUGUGCUCUGUAUACUGUGCUCUGUAUACUGUGCUCUGUAUACUGUGCUCUGUAUACUGUGCUCUGUAUACUGUGCUCUGUAUACUGUGCUCUAUAUACUGUGCUCUAUAUACUGUGCUCUAUAUACUGUGCUCUAUAUACUGUGCUCUAUAUACUGUGCUCUGUAUACUGUGCUCUGUAUACUGUGCUCUGUAUACUGUGCUCUGUAUACUGUGCUCUGUAUACUGUGCUCUGUAUACUGUGCUCUGUAUACUGUGCUCUGUAUACUGUGCUCUAUAUACUGUGCUCUAUAUACUGUGCUCUAUAUACUGUGCUCUGUAUACUGUGCUCUGUAUACUGUGCUCUAUAUACUGUGCUCUGUAUACUGUGCUCUGUAUACUGUGCUCUAUAUACUGUGCUCUGUAUACUGUGCUCUAUAUACUGUGCUCUAUAUACUGUGCUCUGUAUACUGUGCUCUGUAUACUGUGCUCUAUAUACUGUGCUCUGUAUACUGUGCUCUGUAUACUGUGCUCUGUAUACUGUGCUCUGUAUACUGUGCUCUAUAUACUGUGCUCUAUAUACUGUGCUCUAUAUACUGUGCUCUAUAUACUGUGCUCUGUAUACUGUGCUCUAUAUACUGUGCUCUAUAUACUGUGCUCUAUAUACUGUGCUCUGUAUACUGUGCUCUGUAUACUGUGCUCUAUAUACUGUGCUCUGUAUACUGUGCUCUAUAUACUGUGCUCUGUAUACUGUGCUCUAUAUACUGUGCUCUAUAUACUGUGCUCUAUAUACUGUGCUCUGUAUACUGUGCUCUGUAUACUGUGCUCUGUAUACUGUGCUCUAUAUACUGUGCUCUAUAUACUGUGCUCUAUAUACUGUGCUCUGUAUACUGUGCUCUGUAUACUGUGCUCUGUAUACUGUGUUCUGUAUACUGUGCUCUAUAUACUGUGCUCUAUAUACUGUGCUCUAUAUACUGUGCUCUAUAUACUGUGCUCUGUAUACUGUGCUCUGUAUACUGUGCUCUAUAUACUGUGCUCUAUAUACUGUGCUCUGUAUACUGUGCUCUGUAUACUGUGCUCUAUAUACUGUGCUCUGUAUACUGUGCUCUAUAUACUGUGCUCUGUAUACUGUGCUCUAUAUACUGUGCUCUGUAUACUGUGCUCUGUAUACUGUGCUCUGUAUACUGUGCUCUAUAUACUGUGCUCUGUAUACUGUGCUCUAUAUACUGUGCUCUAUAUACUGUGCUCUAUAUACUGUGCUCUAUAUACUGUGCUCUAUAUACUGUGCUCUAUAUACUGUGCUCUGUAUACUGUGCUCUGUAUACUGUGCUCUGUAUACUGUGCUCUGUAUACUGUGCUCUGUAUAUUGUGCUCUAUUUACUGUGCUCUAUAUACUUUCCAAAGUGUUGAUAAGGAGAAUUUGUUUAAGAGUUAAGAACCUCUAUAGUUGUUGAUCGUUUUCAUUAUUCUCGUGACCUUAAUGUGUGAUUCAGGGGUGAUACUGUAAGGAGAAAUCAGAUUUUAGUCGCUCUUAGGGGUUGAAGGGUUAAAUUUGUUCAUGGAAAGAGAAGAAAGAUUACCGUAUUUCUGAAGUGUACAUUAAAGUUGAAACGGGAAUUCGUAGCAUUGAUUUAACUGCUUUCCUAGCCAGGGAAUGGAAGGAACAACGGUGAAUAGAGCACUAGGAAAUCUCAAGUUACAUUUUUGUAAAGCGGAAAAUGACAACGAACAAGAACUUGAUCGUUUUGUUUAAAUUUUUUCUUUGAGCUCAGGUAAAACUUUAUUUCGUCCGUUCUUCAUUAAUGAUUACAGGCAGAUCGUAUGAUCGACAUGGGUUUUGAGCCGGAAGUUCAAAAGAUUUUGGAACACUUACCAGUGAGUAACGUUAAACCUGAUAAUGAAGACGCUGAGGAUCCCGAGAAACUACUGUCCUACAUGGGAAAAGACCGCUUUAGACAGGUUGGUGCACACAUUUGUUCGUUAAGAUGUUGGCGGAUUUUUAAUAUUGUAUUUGGGACAGAAACAGUACAAACAAUAUGUAUACAAUUUACGGUAAUUGUGAAGAAGAGCUCCCCAAAAAACCUGUCGGCCGACUGUCGGUCAACUGUCGGCCGACAGGUUACCGACAGUCUACCGACAGCUAAUCAACAGGUUACCGACAGGUUAAGAAAAAAGAAAAAUUGUGUUAAAAACGAACAGUUAACGUGACAUAACAAUCCGUAAUGGUGAUGUAUGACUCGACAGACUUCACCUACUUACCGAUCGACGGCAAAGUUGAAAGUAUGUAAAGAAACGUUUCUUCCAAAAUGUUGUUAUCAGAUGCGUAUAGGAUAUAUCACUUGCGUAAUUUACAACACACCAGACAAUCUAAGAAUCGCAUUGGAAGAUAAUUUAAUCGAAAAACUCGGCCAAAAACUCGUGUUAACGUUUCACGGACAAGCUACCGACAAGCUACCGACAGGUUACCGACACAUUACCAACAGUCGGCCGACUGUCGGUCCACUGUCGGCCGACAGGUAGCCUAUAUUUCGGGCAAAACCUGUCGGCCGUCUGUCGGCCAACUGUCGGCCGACAAACGGCCGACUGUCGGCCGACAGUUGGCCGACAAUCGGCCGACAGGUUUUUUGAGGAGCUCUUCUUCACAAUUACCCCACUGUCGGUCCACUGUCGGCCGACAGGUAGCCUAUAUUUCGGGCAAAACCUGUCGGCCGUCUGUCGGCCGACAGACGACCAACUGUCGGCCGACUGUCGGCCGACAGUUGGCCGACAGUCGGCCGACAGGUUUUUUGGGGAGCUCUUCUUCACAAUUACCCAAUUUACUGGAAUGACUUAAUUUGAAAUCAAGAAUUAUUUUCUCGUAAAAAUGAUCAUCGUUGGAGAAGUACAUUAUGUGAUGAGGCAAUAUCGACUUUUACCUCGUUCAUCUUUUUACUAAAAUGUUUGCUUGUAACGCUCUUUUGAUUUGGUGGUAAUUAUUGUGGUUGUUUAUUUUGUCAGACGGUGAUGUUUACAGCCACUAUGCCUCCGCAAGUGGAACGUAUGGCGAGGAACUAUCUUCGGUAAGUAAAUCAAAUUAUUCAAACAGUUUCUCUCCCAUUUUGGAUGUGUCGGACCCAUUUCGAUCGGUUUCGUCUGAUUUCUGACGGUUCCGUCUGAUUUCGAACACUGCCAUCCGAUUUCUAACGAUUCCGUCCGAUUUUAGGCGCUGUCCUCCUUUCGGUGGUUUCUUUUGGCUUCGACAGUCCUGUUUGAUUUUGAACGUUUCGGUCUGAUUUGGGAUGUCUCAGUCCGAUUUCGGAAUAUUACGUCCGAUUCCGGAAGGCUUCAUCCAAUCUCGGACGAUUCCGUCUAAUUUCAGACAGUCUCGUCCGAUUUUUUCGGUUUCGUCAAAGGAGGUGGUUCCUUUUGUUUUUGAAGGAAUUCGUCCGCCGGUUUACGAACGCCUCUAUUUCGUGCAAUUCUAACUGCUGUCAGAUAGUUCGACCGAUUUCGAACUGUGCGUUGCGAUGCUGAACGCUAUCGUCCAAUUUUGGACGGCUUCGUUAGAUUUUUGACGGGUUCGCGCUUUUUCAAACGGUUGUAUUCGGUGUUGGAGGCUUACGGACAGGUCUUCUUGAUUUCGGAAUUGUUCACCUGAUAUUGAAUGCUUGCGUAUGUGUUUGGUUUGCCCACUGCCUUCUGUCGUGUGGUUUCGAUAUCGAACGAAACUUCUACGUUUCUGUUCGAUUUCGGAGGGUUCCGUCCGAUAAUGUGCGUUUGGUUCGCGUAUAAAUCUUUUCGUCAGAUUUCGGACGCUUUUGUAUAGUCCCAACGGUUUCCGCUUGCUUUCGUUUUAUUUGGUUCCAUUUGGGACGCUUCAGUCUGAUUUCAGGUGGGUCCGUCCGAUUUUCAUCGGUUAAAGGUGACUGCAUUACUGAAAAAAAUGUUGAAAGGUGCCUGUUUCUCUUUCAGACGGCCUGCUGUGGUUUAUAUUGGCUCUAUUGGUAAAUAUCCCGUCUAUUCUAUUAGUACUCUUUCUUUUUCGAUUUUCCACCAACUUGAGACUGAAUACCGUUGCUUUACCAAUUCUUCACAGGCAAACCAGUUGAGAGAGUUGAACAGAAAGUUUACAUGCUUAAUGAAGCUCAAAAACGGUUUGUCAGCAAGAUUUUUCGUUGUAAUAUUUAUAAAUCAAAACUAAUAUUUCUUGCGUCCUCCAUGAACUAGUGGUUUAAGAUAUUUUCUGUACAAGCUAAUAAUUCAUUUCUUGGCGGAGGUGUUCUGCACCUUAAAAAACCUCAUUUGGUUUUGUUAAAGUGAUUUCAGGGUUUGGUGCCAAUAUCUUAGUGUGGCUAAGCUCCUGUGCCUUGUAUUUCAUCUACAAUCUUCAUUGCUGGCUGAAGACAUGUCUCUUGUCUGUUGUGAGGUGUCACUUUGGUUAUCAAAUUGAUAUCGAAUGAAAAUGCCUACAACAACAAAGGGAUGUAAGAAAGAAGGGCAUAGAAACCUUUUAAUCUGUAAUGAUCGAGCAAAUUAAGCCAGUGGUUGUUUUUCCAGAGAAUAACGUUUUCCGUUUUCUAAACAGGAAGAAGCUGUUAGAGAUAUUGAACGGUGGUAUCGACCCUCCCAUUAUAAUAUUUGUCAAUCAAAAGAAGGUAAGAUUCUCUACUUGUUUCUACUCAAUAAUUACUUCAUAUUAAUCCACAUUGUUAAUAUAUUUCCUGUGUAUUUGUAGUAGUUCUCAGUUUAUUCAUUCAGUUUCCAACACUAGUGUUCUGUCAUAAUGUUGCACUGAUAUGCUUCGAUUUUAAAAGGAAUCAGGACUCUAGCUGGGGUUCGAUGAGUAGUUCCAUUCACCAACGUGAAGGGUAUAAAACGUUAUUAUUCUUUCUAGGGAGCUGAUGUAUUAGCGAAGUCCUUGGAAAAAAUGGGCGUAAGUCUCUCGUAAUUUUAGCCUCUGUCGUUACCCCUACUUGUUAUUUUGUUUAUUUCUGUGUUUGGUUGAUCGUUUGCUUGAUUGUUUGUUUCCUUGUUUGUUGGUUGGAAUUUUUUUUCCAUUUGUUGGUUUUCUGUUUUAGUAUUAGUUAUUUGUAUGUAUGUAUGUAUUGUUAUAUAUUUUUAACCUAAUUGGCUCUCCUUAGUUCCGUGCCACGACCCUCCAUGGUGGACGAAACCAGGAACAGAGGUGAGUUCAUUCCCUUGAUCAACAUGCCCCACCUCAUUUAUUCUAGAAAAAUUGUAAAAACUUGUAGUUUACAUCAAGCACUAUUUUAUACUGAAUGGAUUUUUAGUUGUACUCUUAAAUGUCUUCUCUUUAACAUCUUUUUGCUAAAAGCUACUUGUUGUUGGUCAGUUGCUAGAGUUCGUUUUAUACACCAGCACAACAAUCCUCUUUUUAACAGACUUGCGUGAAUUGCAAUAUUUUAUCUAUUUUCAGAGAGUUUGCUUUGUCGAGUCUCAAGUCUGGUGCUAAAGAUAUUCUUGUCGCCACUGAUGUAGCGGGGCGUGGUAUUGAUAUCAAGUAGGUGUUCUUCAUCGUUAUCAUCACCGUCACGAUCAUCUCUUUGUUUUGUCGUUUGCCCUUUUGUUCGAAUGUUUUGACUUAAAUUUUUUGUCGCUAGGGAUGUCUCGCUUGUUCUUAACUACGACAUGGCAAAGUCUAUAGAAGGUUGGUGGUUGAUAUUAAAUGGUGUCCAUUUUAUUAAUUAACGACAGCGUGUCCAAAAUAGUCUUCUUUUCGAUGAGGUAUAUCGCGGAAAUGUUUUAGAAUUCUAUGAGUAGGUUUUUCUCUUACAAGGUUUUAUUUACGAGGACUCGAUCUUCAUUGCCAAAUGCACGCCUUUCUUGUUCACGCCACGCAGUCACAUUUAUGUGUUCCUGUUUUAUUCAAAUUUACUGGUUUGGUAACGAUAGCACAGCAAUUGUCUGCAAGUAGUCGUAAUGUUGUUUUAUUCGUUCAAGGCUACACUCAUCGUAUCGGUAGAACUGGUCGCGCUGGAAAGACUGGUAUCUCCGUCACCUUUCUGACCCAGGAAGAUUCAGCCGUGUUUUAUGACCUUAAGCAGACUCUACUGGCCAGUCCGGUAAGUAAAUACUUAACAAGCAGCUGGGAAAAGGUCUGAUUGAGAAAGGAAUAAAAGAGGCGGGUUAGAAUUUUGCAGGAUUCUAUUUUGAAUUCCUCUUUUGUAAUAUGAAAACCCAUUUCAUUAAAAGAGAGGUCUGCUGCACAAAUCUGGUUCUGGUUCUUACACACACAAAAAAAAAUUAAAUUAAAUCCAGAAAAUGAGAAAUUGCAACACACUCACCUUUUGAGAUUUCUACUCAAGCGCCACAGACAGACCACGACUUGAUUAAUUUCUUUCCACCUCCCUCUUCUCCUAUCACCUUCUCGCUUGAUAUGAAUUCUGUCCCAAUUUUAUUUCACUGACUACGUUUUACAACUGAAUUUUAAUCUUUUUUUGAUUUUAGGUGAGCAAUUGCCCGACAGAGCUUGAAAAACAUCCGGAGGCUCAGCACAAACCUGGCACAGUACUGACAAAGAAAAGGAAAGAAGAGACAAUAUUUGUUUAAAAAACACAUCGUCCCCGAUCAUCCAAGAAUGUCCAAAUCGCAAUAUGUAUCAGAAACAUAACACCCAGAAAACGCUCUAGGAUUGUAAUGCAGACGGAAAAAUUAAAAGUCUUCAAUUCUUCUAAAUUACAACUGUGAUGUCGUUUUCAUGGACAGUUUUGUUGUUCUUCUUCAACUAACUGUAUAUAGUCACUCUAGUCCAGGAUCGACCGUGAGGAGUGUUUGAUGCGUACUUGAUAUAACUUCAUACCUGAGUGAGGUUUGAUAUACUGCGUAUUUCACAUCAUUAAGUGUUUCCGUUGAAUGUUAUGAACAAGGACACUUGUGUUGCACAUUAUACAUGAAUUGAAUCUCAUAACCAGUCAAUGUUGGAUUGAUCUGAUCGAGGUGCGAUCUUGAAAAGCGCUCAAUAGGCUGGAUUGGUGCUUUUUUGCGCGUGAAGUUUUAUAACUGAGUUUUUUUUCCCAGUUCUUACGCGCAUCACAACACGGUACAUGCAACUCAGUGCAAAUCCUCACAUGCCAAAGUGGGAAGGAGAGGG